AUGGAUGUCUUCAGUCGUUCACAGAGCACGAAGAGAGAUGGUCGCGUGAGUGUCGCGUGCGCGGGUGUCAAGGCCACUGGAGCAAUCAACGAUCCGUGAGACAAAAACACAGCGAAAUUCAAGACAUAUCAUCAAUCAACAAGUUCAUUAAUCCGUUAGCUGAUAGAUUUCUCUCUCCUUGAGUGGGUGGCAGUGGUAAGGAUGUGUUCGGUGGAGUCACUGGUGCGGGCACUUGUGAAUGUGUCGGAGAAAGCGGGAAAUAUAGCCCGAUUGUGUCGUGAAAAUGAGGAUAUCUUUGGGCUGUUGGUGGCUGAGAAAACGCGGGAUGAGGCAAAUCCGCGAUUCGUGCGAGAUUUCAAGACACUGGCUGACGUCCUCAUCCAGGAGAUGGUCCGGCACGAUGUUGGCAAAGCGUUUCCGGAUCUGAAGGAGAACAUCCGCGGUGAGGAGAGUUCCACAUUCACCAAUUCACUGGGAGAGACAAUUACCGUAGAAGUGUGUGACAGCCUCGAGGAGACAGCAAAUCUAUUAGAAAAGGUGUUGAAUGGGAACAAAUUGGUGGCAGAUUUACUGGCUGCUGAAGUUCAUCGGGACAUCUGCACGGAGGAUGCACAGUGCAUUGAGGGCUUGAGUGCUGAGAUCACGGCAAGUGAUGUGGGCAUUUGGGUGGAUCCCAUUGAUGCCACAGCUGAAUACGUACAGGGAAAGGCUCGGGGUACAGCAGUGCCGAAUAUUCCGGCUUCUGGACUUCAAUGUGUCACUGUGCUUCUGGGUGUCUAUGAAAUUGAGUCUGGACGGGCAAUUGUUGGGGUAAUCAAUCAGCCGUUCUGCGUGGAGAGGGAUGAUGGUGGAUACAGUGGGAAAAUCUACUGGGGUGUGGCACUGGAUGGGGUGAAACGCACCAAUAUACCACAGCAGGAUGUUGGGGCGGAUGGGCGCAAGAAAGUGGCUAUUCUGUCUAGUGCGGAGAAUAAGAAGUAUAUCUACUAUCUGAGAGAUACACUGGGGUAUAGUAUUGUGUUCUCAGCGGGAGCCGGUCACAAGAUACUCAAAUUAAUUCUGGGUGAUGCUGAUCUCUAUCUCGUGAGCACUGGUUCCACGUACAAAUGGGAUACUUGUGGACCUCAAGCUAUUCUCCGGGCACUCGGUGGUGGACUAAUCAAUUUGCAGGAGACCAUCGAUACUAAGUCAGUCAUAGAGUUAUCCUACGUCAAAAGCUCAGGGAAGUGCAAUAUUGGAGGUGUUCUCGGAUUCCGGACACAUACUCAACUGAUGGAAUUCAGUAAAUUGCUGUAAAUUCACUCUCCCACUGUGGUAUACGAAAUAAUAAGAAAAAAAAUUUAUUCUUGUAGAAAAAAAAGGAUGUCUAAUCUUUGGCAUUAAAUGCCACAAGAAAAAGACACUUUUGUGGACACACAUCUCUCUUUUUUUGGUGUGGGUAGAAAAUUGAAAAAUUGUAAAUUAGCCAGAUCAAUCAUUUUUUCUGAUGUAUUUUAGACGUCCAUGGAACAGGCUAAAAGGGAUAAUAAUUCAUAGAGAUGAGCAUAAAAAUAAAACUCUGUAAUGUUGUGUAUAUUGUGUUGUGUGUUCAAUGGAAGCAAAUGCAAUUAUGUAAAAUAGACAAUAGAGUUUAUGUGAGGCACAAA